CCAUGUCAUAGCGGCGCCUCCUAACCACGCCUUGUUCUCCGUUCCUUGGGAGAGCAUUGGCGGAACUGGCGAGUGACGUCACGUUGUAGCUGGCCGUAGUCGCCGCCGGAAGAGGUGCCAGUCCGGUGCGGGGAGCAGGGUGAGAUAUUGCAGCCAUGGCGGACUCUGUUCCUAACACUCCUCCCCAAGUAGGGGCAGUGCAAUUUAUGCUGGUAAAUAAACUCGACACUGCAAUGUGGCUUUCCCGAUGGUUCACAGUAUAUUGUUCAGCAUUAUUUAUUCUUCCACUUUUAGGAUUAAGUGAAGCUGCCAGUUUCUAUCAACGUGCCUUGCUGGCCAACGCUCUCACCAGUGCUCUACGGCUGCACCAGCGGUUACCUCACUUCCAGCUGAGCCGAGCGUUUCUGAGCCAGGCUUUGCUAGAGGAUAGCUGUCAUUAUCUGUUGUAUUCACUCAUCUUUGUCAACUCAUACCCUGUCACUAUGAGCAUCUUUCCUGUCCUGCUCUUUUCAUUGCUUCAUGCAUCAUCAUGGACAAAAAAAAUCUUGGACGCCAAAGGACCAAACAGCAUACCAUUUGUCAGAUCUCUUCUGGACAGACUUCAUGCAAAUCAGCAGAAUAUUCUGAAGUUCAUCGCCUGUAAUGAAAUCUUUUUGAUGCCUGCGACUAUUUUCAUGCUGCUCAGUGGUCAAGGGAGCCUAUUACAGCCAUUCAUUUACUAUAGAUUCCUGACACUGCGUUACACUUCCAGACGAAAUCCAUACUGCCGGACUCUGUUCACAGAGCUGAGGGUUAUCCUGGAGCACCUAGUUAUGAAGCCAGCAUGUCCGGACUUUGUCAGAAGACUGUCUCUCAGCAGCAUUGCUUUUGUUAGCAGACUGGCACCGACCGUUGCAUAACUUAUUCUUAAAUUAAACAAUGUGUAAAUGAGCAUUAGCAGCUGGUAUGUCUGCUCUCUGUAUUGAUAAUACAGGCAAUUCCUGCAGCCUCAAGGCACCCAGACCAGUCCAUGCCAACCAAUGCUCCUAAUGCCUUUUUAUAAACCUCUUGUUACAGUAUCUUAGCGUUCUCUCUGUGACGGUGUCCCCAGUCAGCGAAUGUAGACUUCAUUCCUUUUUGAAAAUAACUAAUUAUGGUACCAAACUUUGCUUGAGCACUAUCAGGGAUCUAAUUUCCAGUGAUCGCCUUAUAGAGUUGCAGCCUCAGCUUUUCCAGGCCCGAGCUGCAUGCACAGACAAAUAUCUUCAGGAACAGACUGCUUGUGAAAGAAAGCUAGUGAAGUCUCAAAGUUUUAGUUCUAAUUCACAGGAAUACACUAGAUUGAACAUUGUGUAAAUUAAAUAGAUUUUACUUUUUCUUUCUUCUUCUAUCCUUUUGUAUGAAGACUGCUAUCGAAAUAUAAGCCGAGUAGAAGAAACACAGUGAGGGGAACUUA